AAUGAAGAAAGCAAAUAGGACUGUUGGGAACAAGAGGAUGUGUGAGACUUUAUUUAUUUUCCGAAUCAGGUACGUGGUCCUUCCCUGAAAUGUAUUAACACGGUUUAACUUUGAUGCGUGAAAACAGCCAGGUAUAAAUCCACUCAAAGUUUUUAUCCUUCUCGAGCUUCGAUUUCAUACCUUAAAGGAGAUUCGAGAAAAGAUAGAAUAGGAAGACGUGUUUCCAGAACAAACAAGAUACCAGGUUGAUGCCAAGUAUUCCACCACUUGACUGAAGACUUAAUUAUUGGUAUAUCGAUCGCUCCAGCACGGAUUGAAAUAGGAGCCGGUUUGACAGGAAGCUUUUGAAAACGCAGUGCACCCAGCCUUCCUCUCUUCCAUAAUCAGAUUCACGAAUCAAUCACGACAAACGCCUCUGCUCCUCUGCCAAAUCCCCAAUCGCUCCCCUGCGGCGGCCGCCUCUGCCUGACUGCCUUCGUGGCCGUUCCGCCCGUUCGUCGCUCUCGGGCCUGUUCGCUGCAACUCUCCAGAUCGCCUCUGCCUGUCUGCUUUGUUCGCUGCAACUCUCAAAAGGAAUGGCAGAGAAAAAGCCAGUGAUUGGCGUCUCAUGGCAACCACAAUUUACUAUUCCAUCUCGAUCAAAGGCUACAGAUGAUGCAUCUCAUGCCAAAUCUCAAACCAAGGCACCAAGUAGCACCCUUUGGAAACCCAAUUCAGAAUUGGUCAAUGGGCUGUUUGUUCCUCCGAACGAUCCAAGAAAAUUAAACAAGUUAAUGAGAGAGCAAGCUAAGGAUACUGCUGGGAAAAGUUGGUUUGAUAUGCCGGCUCACACCAUCACCCCUGAGUUGCAGAGAGAGCUGAAGUUACUGAAUUUGAGGGACGUCCUUGAUCCAAAACGGCACUACAAGAGGUGUGAGUCAAAAAAGAAGGCUCUUCCAAAGUAUUUUCAGGUGGGAACAAUUGAAGAAACUUCAAUAGACUACUUCUCUGGAAGAUUACAUAAGAAAGAGAGGAAAGCAACACUUGCUGAAGAGUUCCUUUCUGAUCAAAACCUUGCAGCUUACAGGAAGCGGAAGGUUCGAGAAAUUGAAGAGCACAGACAACCAGGCGGGAAUGAAAAGUGGAAGAUCAAAGGUCAGAGUUCUCGUAAGCGCGCAAAAGAAAAGAGAAAGUACUGAAUUUUACACACUUUUUGAAUUUAACCCGUGACGUUUGAAGUUCAUUACAUGGUGUACUCUUAUUUCCUUUUGUUCUUGUUUUUUUAAAUUCAGACAAUAACCAUUUACUAGAUAGAUCCUUUUUUUCAUAUAUAAAUUUUUUAAGCUUGUUUUGAAAUAUUUCUUGUCAUGAUCAAAGCUUCAUUUAACUCUUUUUGUUCUUCCA